AUGGAUCCAGAGAAGAUGCUCAAUGCCCGCUCGGAAUUUGGGCACCUUCUCCGAAUAGCAUUGGGUCUUCCAUUCAUUGGCAAAGAUUCGAAGACGCCCAGCGCGACCGAGUGCGCAGACGUCUUAUUUGUUUGUGUCGACUUUGAAAACGGCGAGCAAAUAAAGGCUGGCGCAGCAUCAGGCACUUUUGGCAGCAGAAAGAUAAAUGCCCAAGCCGGAAUAUCCAUCCUUGAUCCUAAGAAACUUUCAUCAACUUCUUCAAAAGAAGCGCUAGUGACGUACAACUUCGGCUCAGGAGGCUCUUUAUCUUAUAAGAGGAAGGUCGAUCGAAGGUUUUUCUUUGGAGAGACAACAUGGCUUGACCAGCUUGCCGAUCUUUUGACCUCCAUGGAGAAACUGCUUGAUCGAUCUCGCAACAUUGUGUUGGUGGGCCAUGGGCUCAACGGAGACUGUCAAGUACUACAAUCCCUUGGAUUUGAUUUUGAUAGUUCCAUUGUGGGAUAUAUUGAUACUGCAGAAGCAGCACGGGCAACUUUCGGAGGAACUUCACUUCGUCUAAAAGACCUUCUAGCGAGGCUUGGGCUUGUGGUCGAAGGGUGCCAUGUUGCUGGAAAUGAUGCGAAUUUCACCUUGCGAGCACUACUGCUUUUGGCUCUGGAAGAUUGCCCUACGUAUGAUUUGUUGAACGAGUCUACCAAGGGAAUAGUCGGAACGAUCAGAGAACUUGCACUCGAACCACUCCCGCCCUUAGUGUCGCCACCUUCUUCUCAAAUACCUAAGAAAGCAGCUAUCAAAGAUUCAGACGCUCCAAUCCCGUACAGAGGUUGGAUUUUCUUUGGCCGUCUGCCCGAGUUUUCCCAAGAUACGACCUCAACGCAGAAACAUCAGAUAGCUCAACAGCCUGAAAAUGACUCAACCUCAGAAUACGCAAAUUCCCAUCAAACCAAGUCUUACGACUUUCGGCAGCCGUCUGAUCUGCUUCUUCAAUGGUGCCCGAAAUUAAAACAUACAAGACUCUAAUCAGACGAGUUCCGCAGCCUGCAAAGACGUCUGCGUCUCCAAAAUUGGCCAGGGCCUUGUGAUUGGUGUUUAGAGUGGUUCUACCUCGUUGGAAAUAGUG